AUGGGAAAUUGUCUUGCUCAUCCUACACCCAUUUCAAAAUCAUAUUGCAUAGCAUCUACCAUGGGAAAACUAGUUAAAGUAGCCAAAGAAGAUGGUAAAAUACUAGAGUUUACUUCUCCAAUUCACGUCAAAGAUAUCUUAACAAAUUUUCCUGGUAACGGUAUCGGUGUUUCGAAGAAUGCAACAGAAACUCUAUCACAAGAUCAUGAGUUGAAAGGUGGAAAAUUGUACUACUUGAUUCCUCAUAACAAAGAGGAAGAGACUGAGGGUGGCAUAAAGAGGAUCAAAGUUUUAAUAACAAAGCAACAGCUUCAACAGUUGGUGACUAAGCAAAUAUCGUUACAAGAAUUAUUAUCAGUUGUUAUGGAAGAUGGAGUUCGUUUCAGAAGUGAUCGGAAACCAAUAUUGGACUCUAUACCUGAAGAAAAUGAGUAA